AUGGACAACAUCAUUGACGGUCUUCACUGCCAAGGUAUCUUUUCCAAGUACCAUAUACACUACACAGAUGGCAUUAAUCAGAGGUUGAUAAACAUUGAUUUUGUAGAAACUGCAUAUAAAUUUGGCUGUGAAAUCCCAACAUAUGUAGACCAUUUUGGUAAUACUAACAUGCAGGAGUGGUUGGGCAUAGAAAGAGAGCUGCUGGGAAAAGAAAGAGAGCAAGUAAUUGAUGAUAUCUAUGAUGAAGUAGUUGAUAAUAUCCAAUAUGAUUCCGAUAUAGUUCAGACAGAGGAUGGGAAUGAUAACAAUAACCCUUAUUUUAUCAAAAAUGAUUAUUGCCCAUGUUCUGAGAUGGCUAAGGAUGUAGGUGAAUAUGAUAUUUUUGAUGAUGACAUGGGUGAGAAUGAAGCAAAAGAUGUUGAUUUGCCAAAUAUUUUGAAAUGUCCAAAAAUCUAA